AUCCAAAAUCCAAACCCGCCCAAUAAAGCGGUCAGCUAUUCUUUGUUUAACACUUAUCUUCUUCUUCUUCUUCCGCCAAAUGGUAAAGCAGCAGUGAGUUUUGAAGCACUGCACACUAGUUUGCCAGCAGACCAAUUUUUCUGAAGAUUAUUGAGUACUCUAUCCCUCAUCUAAAAUGUUGAAUAAGUGCAAGUAAAACAAUAAACUCCAAUUUCCAAAAUUUCACAGCAAAAAAAUGGCUUCAAUUUGCACUUCAAAUUUUCAGUUCCUACACAGAACGAACCCUAACCCUAACCGUAUAUCUCAUCAGCUAUUAGUCUCCCCUUCUUCUCUAUCCUUUUCCCGGCUGUGCCAUUGCGCGGCUUUGAAGACCGGUUCAGAGAGCGGUGGGAUUCACAGCGAUAACGCCGAGUUGUUGCGUAAGCCAGUGACGUCAUCAGUUGGUGAGGAGGAGGAGGAUGAUGAGGUGGCGAAGAAGAGUGGAGAGGGUUGGGUUGAUUGGGAAGAUCAGAUAUUAGAGGAUACUGUCCCCCUUGUUGGCUUUGUUAGAAUGAUUCUUCAUUCUGGAAAAUAUGCAGUUGGCGAUAGGUUAAGUCCUGAACAUCAGAGAACUAUUCUACAAAGGUUGCUUCCAUAUCAUCCGGAAUGCGAAAAGAAGAUUGGCCCUGGAGUUGAUUACAUUACUGUAGGGUACCAUCCAGAUUUUGAAAACUCCAGAUGUUUAUUUAUUGUUCGCAAGGAUGGUGAAUCAGUGGACUUUUCAUACUGGAAAUGCAUAAAGGGUUUAAUUAGAAAAAACUAUCCACUCUACGCUGACAGCUUUAUUCUCAGGCAUUUCCGGAGGCGGAGGCGUAAUGACUGAAUGUAUCAUUUUGAACUGGAGCUACCCUGAGUUACAUGCAAAGAAAAUUCUUUUACUAUUACAGAGCACAUGUCAUUUAUGCUGAAGUGUCACUCAAAGAUUUGAAGGCUGAGAUAUAAGUUCGCGUUUAUUGGAAGCUUACUGGAAUCUACUCACUGUAGAAUUGCCCUUCCAUUUACUUUAUUUAAAAAUCCACACUGUAGAAUUCGAGUCAGAGUACUGAUCAAAAGGAAUUCAAGUUAGUGUAAUUUUGCCUAGAUGGUCAGGUCUCAUACUGUUGUAAAAGAAGCAUUUUAGCAUUUCACAAGUGUGAAGUAAAAGCUUCCUUUCCUGCCUUCA